CUCUCGUCGCCGUCUCAGCGUCGCGGUCGGCCGCAGCGCGGCCCGCAGGCCCCGGCGCAUCCUGGACAGCAGGCUAGGAGACUCCAAUUUAAAAUGGAAGUUGACAUUAACGGAGAGUCCAGGUCUAUCCUAGCUGCUCUCCCCCUUCCUAUUGCUGAUGUGGGUGCCACAGGCAAGGUAGACUCAGAAAAACCUCGUUGUUCCAGCACUCCAUGUUCACCGAUGCGUCAGACUGUUUCAGGCUAUCAGAUCCUCCACAUGGAUUCUAACUAUUUGGUUGGUUUCACAACUGGGGAGGAGCUCUUGAAAUUAGCCCAGAAGUGCACUGUAGGCGAGGAGAAUAAAGUUGACGUGGUGCCUACGUUGUGCUCCAAACAGCUCGAUUCAGGACUUUCCCGUUCCUCACGGGUAUGUAAAGCCAGAAGCAGAUAUUACCAGCCUUAUGAAAUCCCAGCCGUCAAUGGUCGGAGAAGGCGACGAAUGCCUAGCUCAGGGGAUAAAUGCACCAAGCCACUACCUUAUGAACCCUACAAGGCUUUUCAUGGUCCUUUGCCUCUUUGCCUUUUCAAGGGUAAAAGGGCUCACUCUAAAUCUCUAGACUACCUCAAUUUAGACAGAAUGAACAUCAAGGAACCAGCUGACACAGAAGUGCUUCAGUAUCAGCUCCAACACCUCACCCUAAGAGGGGACCGUAUGUUUGCUAGGAACAACACAUGAAGAUAAAUUUUCCUUGGUUCUUUGUUGCAUCAAAAUCCUCUGUACAAUGUGGACAGACUGGCACAUGGUACUUAGCUCCCAUCAGCAGACCAUAAUUUAAAUGAAUAAGAUUAUGAAGAUGGUGCAAAGGGGGUGGGGAAUCAUAUGGAAGAACUACUGGACAAUCCUGACUGCAGAUGUCUUUAGAAGACUAUAAUGAAACAGAAGGUUUUGCACAAGGAUAACUCAGAUCUCUGGUGAUGUAACACUCAGAAAUUGAUGUUCUGUGACUUGUUCCUAACUCGGCUUGCUGUAAGAAAUUACUCAUGGAUAAGCACUGAAAUACACUCUUAAUUCUUAAUGUUAAACAUAUGUAUGUAUGCAACAACUUUUUGCAAUGUAGAAAUGAAAAUGUUUGAAUAGAACCAUGUGUUCUUUAAAAUAGCCCAGUUUACAUUUCUUGUAACUGGAUUUGCACUGGGAAUGAAAUUAAUCACUGAUGAAAUUAAGCCUGAGAGCUUUGUACUUGUAUUACUGGAGCUGACUUUUUAAAAGUGUAAUUGAAUUAGUUUUCAUAUUUCAAAUUGUUUUCAAUG